AUGGACCAAGGAGUCAUUGCUACAUUCAAGGCCUACUACCUCCGAAGGGUCAUUGGUAAUGCUUUAGCAGCAACUGAAAAGAAUAAGGACUUGACUCUAAAGGACUUUUGGAAAACAUACAACAUCCUUGAUGCUGUGAAUAACAUUGGUGAUUCCUGGGAUGAGGUUAAGCAGACCAGUAUGAAUGGUGUGUGGAAAAAACUGUGUCCUCAGUUUGUGAAUGAUGUCAAAGAGGUCCAAGAGACAGUGACUAGCGUCAUAAAGAACGUUGUUGAUAUGAGUAAGACAAUGAAUUUGGAGGUGGAGGAGGAUGAUGUCACAGAGCUACUGGCAUCUCAUGGAGAGGAGUUAUCUGCUGAGGACCUUAUUCAACUGGAGAAUCAGAUGAUAGAGGAAGAGGAAGACAUACCAACCCCAGAACCUAAGAGAUUUACAAGGCAGGGCUUGGCAGCAGGUUUUGCCCUGAUACAGGAAGGGUUGUCAAGGUUUGAGGCUGAGGAUCACAACAUGGAAAGGUACACUAGGGUUGCCAGAGGAGUCAUGGAUUCCCUUAGGUGUUACAAGGAGAUCUUGGAGGAGAAGAAGAUGGCCUCCUUCCAAACUAAACUGCAGCAGUACUUCAAGAAGGUAGAGAGGCCUGCAACAGAUCCUGUACCUGUAUCCUCUACCUCAGCUACCUCUUGA